AUGCAGGCAGCACACACACGUUUAGGUAACACUGCAGAUGGCCCCGAUGGCCGCUGCUGUCCUAGUGAUGCCGGCAUACCGGCACUUAUUCCCAGCGGAGCUCACCCUGUUGCAGGAGCACCGGAAGCCUCCCAGAGUUCCAGCAAAAACACGGUGCCUUUAACACAAAGGCCCGGAAUCCAACGUCAAAGAUUCGCCCUCAUCGUGCCUUUCCCGACCUCUUUGGAGGCAGAAAUCGCCUAUGGGUCCCUAGCUCCGGACACCGAACCGCACCAAGGCCUGGUAGGGAAGGAGCUUAAAGUGAGCGGCAGAAUGCUGGAGGUACACUGGAUCGCCAAAGAUUCUCGCCUCCUCCGAAUUUCCAUUAUGAACUUUCUUGACCAGCUUUCUCUAGUGGUAAACACCAUACAGCGCUUUGGGCCCCCCGUUUCCCAUUAAGCCUGGCUGGGAAAGGGGGCUCAGGUAUGACCUUAUGUCAGUCUUCUCCUAAACAGUACAAUUUUCCCUAGGGAAAAGAUUCCAGAAAUAGUAGCUGCCUAAAUUUUUGCCUGAUAUGGUUCUCAGGCACUUAGGGGCCAUUUGGUCUGGUGCUUAAAUGUGUGUUGCUGAAGAAAAUAAAGCAGUGCUUCUAA